GAAACUGGCUUAUAAUCAUCUUGCUGAUUUUUUUAACCAUACCCAGACUUCGAGAAACUGGCUUAUACGAAGGUCUAAUCACCAACGAGGUGUACCGGCAUGACCAGCCUGUAGCGUCCGAUGCAACUACUGAGUUUCUCGGUCAUCCCAGUACGCUUUUACCAGCCUUUUACCAGAGGAAUGCGACAGUCAUGGGUCAGUACUUCCCACAGCUCCCAUUGACGUUUGUGCCAGGUACACAUAUACCUUUUAAGGUGGAUUUGUAUGUGGUUCAUGGCCACGACGAUGAUUGGGAUACAGACUAUCCAAAUGGCCAUGGUACGAGCCGGUUGCACAAACGUCUCCAACCCGGCAUUAGCGGAAUGUGUGCACAGAGGAAUAAACAGUCCGUGUGCUGCGAAUGAGACUGCAUGCCCCGCAUUGGGUG